AUGUGUAGUGUUGAUAACUAUAUAUUACGUUUUAAUAAUACUAUUGAAAGUACAUUAGAUUCUAAAACAUUAAAUUUAUACUAUAUGAUUCAUGAAUGUGCUUCAUAUGUAAGAAAUAUUUUUAAUAUGCAAUUUUUUCUUGUUAUCCUAUUCAAUACACUAAAUAUUUAUAUUUUACAUUCAAAAAGAUCUAAAAAUAGAAAUAAUAUUCUUUCUAUUUUUACAGCAAUUGCUGAUAUUGCAAUUGUUAUAUCACUUAUGUUAAUUUUUUGGAUACAUGAAUGUCAAUUUCAUGAAUCAGAAGCUUCAUUUUUUUGUAUAUUUUUUAAUUGGUUUAGAAGAAAUAAUACUAAUUAUGUAAAUAUAAGUGCUACAACACUUAGUAUCUUUUCAAAUACCGCUACAAUGAGUUCAACAUGGGGUGUUUUAGUGAUAUCAAUUGAUCGUCUUCGAGCAAUUCGCCACCCCUUUAAAAUCAUAAGAAAAGGUAUUUUUAAAGAUGUAUGUGUAGUAAUUAUAUCUAUUGUUUUUUUUACUUUUAUUUCAAAUUUAACACGUUAUUGGGAAACAAAAAUGGCCACAAAUAUAACUAUUACUUAUGAUAAUUCUAUUCCAUAUUAUGCUAAAGUUGAUUAUUUAAAACUUACCUUAAAUGGAAUAAGAAUUUUUCUUCAUAUAAUUGUUCCACUUAUCUUAUUAACAAUAACUAAUUCUAUGCUUAUUUUUCAUUUAAAAAAUCGUUCAAAAUAUUUUGAAACUGCUAAAUGGGAUCGAGCAAAACGAUCAUUUGAUUCAGGAAUAUCUUGUAAUAAGAAUACUGAUUGCCUAGCUAAAGUAUGGUCAAGAAAAGAUGCAUCAAAAGAAUUUAAAAUAACUAUUAUGAUGGUUUUACUUAUAACAUUUCAUAUUACAAGUUUUUUUCCAACAAUGUUAUUUCAUUUAUAUUUUGAAAUUAUAGUACCAGUAAUGUCACAUUAUUUUCAAAUUAAUAUUGAUAAAAUGAGUUAUCCAAUUCAUUGUGAUAAUAAAAUAACAAUAACAACAAGAAAAGAUUUAGCAUAUCUAACAAUAACGAUUUUAGUUUUUGGAAAAAUUUCUAAUAGUCUUCUUUUAUGUAAUUUACCAAAUUCAAUAUAUAAAAUAUGUCAAGAAAUUUUUAUACAAAAAACAUUAACAACAAGUUUAACUACAAGAUGUGAAAAUAGUAAUGUAAGAAAAGUUUCACGUCCAAAUGCAUCAUCAAGAAAAGUAACAAGACAAGAAAACAAAAGUCUUAUAAUGCCAUUGACUCAUUUAAAUCAACCAACUUAUCCGUGUUAA